AUGAAUAGACCUACUCGACCGGACUCCCUCAACUUGCAGCAGCUGCCGCAUCAUCAACAACCUCCUCUCACCCACAAAAGAAGUCAAAGUAAUGGAUCCAUAGAAAACCCCCUAAGCUCCCACGGAUCUUCUAUCAUCUCGAUGGGUUACCCACUGGCUUCAGUUACUCCGGAAUCGGCUUAUAUCGCCGCAUCCGCCGCCACAGGGAUUGUGACGAGUAAUCAUGAGAGUUUCUUACAGGAUGAGGGAAUUGUUAGCCCUGGAUCUCCUACCAUUCUCGUUACGCCGCCGUCGCUGAAGCUCAUCAACCAAUUUCUCGACUUUCUCCUAUAUGAGUUCCUUUCUUCGGCCAAAUCGACCUCACUCAGGCUCUUGAGGCCAGCGGUUGAGGAGGUUCUUCGCUGUCGACUUGCAAAUGAAGCUAUUUCUGGUGCGGAUCAGGAGCUAACGUCUUACCUUGGAGGAGGGGAUGGGGAGGACGACGAGGAUUUUGGCGAACCGCAGGAAACGACUGGAGCAUGGGAUCUAGAGGGAACAUGGAAGAAGACCAGGCUGCGGUGCAUGGUUUACUCGUCUCUGGGGGACUUGGAGGAGGACGAUGAGGCUGUAUAUUCCGGAGUUGGCCUUGAGGGAUCAGUCGGAGCUCAGCAAUACAACGCUCACAGUGCCAUGCCCGGUAUUGUUUCACCAGCGGUGGCAAUCUGGCUCACCGCUGUUUUAGAGUUUGUGGGCGAACAAACGCUGCUUGUUGCUGGUCAUGCAGCCAUCAACCGCUUUGCUCAGAAACUACCUACCAAUGAGGCCAGAGAAAUGUCCGACGCUACUGAGAGACCUGUUGUUGAGGAGUUGGAUACGGAAAAGGUGGCCUUGAAUCCGUCCCUUAGCCGACUAUGGCGACAAUGGCGCAAGCGAGUGCGAGGAAGGAGCUCUUUCUCCAUUCCCUCCCUACAACGUCAUGAGAGACGAGCUAGUACCUCCAGCCGGACAAGCGCAAGCGGUCUUACGACGGGAAACACUUUGAGGGGCGAACCCUCUGCGGCCAAGGGUACAUUUGGGGGGGAUGAGGCGCCUGUGGUAGGAGUGGACAAAGAAGUGGAAUUUGGGGACGAUACUGCUACCCUUGAGGCUAACAAGGAGGCGUUGCUGACUCCAAUCGUCGAGGCCGCUCCUCCAGCUGGUGGAGACGCCGAGAGACCAGAAAGCCGUAAAGUUGAACUGAUGAGUCUUGGCGAGCUUAUGGAGUUGGAAAUCACGGGCAAAUUGGAGAAACGCCGUCCACAAAGCUUGAUCCUUUUACCUUGGACUACGGAGUCGCCAUUUGUUACCCGUUCACCUAGCAUUAAGCGGCCUUGCUCGUUACCAGAUCUUACUCGAGGGGAUUUCCCUGAUCCAGUUGCUGAAGACGAGGGAGAAAGGACGGGUUCGGACAACCUUGAAAUAGCCAAAGGUGAAGUAGAGACGGGCGAGGCGGCAGAAACCGACCAAGCCUUCUACACGCCAGCAGAGGAGCAGAAGGGCUGGCCUGCUGAACCAGGCAAGGAAUUAGAGUCUGUGGUCGAAACAUACGAACAACCGGACGGCUCAAUUAUUAACCAGUAUUCAAAUUCCGAGAUGGUACAGGCUAAGCGAGAGUUCUCAGAGGACGGGGCUAUUGGGACCGAGUCGCCUGAAACAGCCGAAAAACUUGUUUCGGUUUCCGGGAAUGACGAGGAUCUUAAUGGUGAAAUUGGGGUUGCUCACACUUCGGAUGUCCUUGUAGCACCACCAGUAUCUUUGUCUUCCUCGCGAGCCCGUUGUGAGGAGGUUGAGGAAACGCCGAUGCAUCAGCCACAACAGGAGGAUGAGGUAGGAAGGGCACCGGCUAGUCCAGUUUGCCACGUUGCUGCUGCUUCUUCAGACGUUUCGUCAAUGCAUUCUGCCGGAAUUGUCGAAACUCCGCGAUCCACAGAAGAUCAACCUCCCCCAGUUCCCGAGAGGGCAGCGAAGCGCCCAUCAACUGCACCUGCUGCUAGCGAUCGCACUAGGGCGGUUGAUAAUGCAGUCGUUUCGGAUGACGAUAUACUAGUUGUGAUCAACCGACAGGGCUCCGGAAUGGAAACGUCGACCUAUCCGGGCGCGAGCCUUACUGGGAAUGGAAAUUCUUCGCACUCUAAAAAGGGGUCGUCGACGAGUAGCAAACAUUCUCAAUACUCUCAACUUUCUGAUAGAAAGAUUGGCCAACUUACCCUGGUCCAGCCUUCUUCUAGCAGCUGUAUCUCGAUAUCGUCUGAACGUGCAAAUGGAGUGCGGGUGUGGACAUCUCCAUCAACGCCUGACAAGUCUCGUCGUUCCUCAAGUUUCAGCAAGGCCCAGCGUCCAAUAUAUUCCUCUGGUUCCAGCACGUCACAGUCGUCAGCAAAGUUCAAGAGCUUUGUUCCCUGGUCGGUAGGAAGUGCGGGUCACUCAAAGGCUCCAGAAUCAGAUGACGAGAGUCACAGCAGUUUGCAUAGUGAACGGCAGUCGGCAAAGUUGGCAAAUAUGGAUGAGAGAGAGCGUAGCUUUGAGGAAUUGAUUUCUCGUGGUGAUACGAUUCACUGCACAAUCACCCCUGGUCCGAUCAGGAGAAUAGAGGGGUCCCCACGCUCCACGACACAGACUGCAGACCUAGUAGAGUUCCUGCGCACCGGACCAGAUGGCACGGAACGCCCGCGCACCGUAACAUCAAAUAAAUCGGGCUCGCGCCCUUCAUCUGCAAGAGCCAAGGCCAUCAUUACGAAAGACCCAAUCAGCGGUGAUAGCAUCGCUCCGACACAUACGCUCCGUUCGACAACCUCCCCUCCCAUUACCACUUUAGCCUUCGCUGGCCCUCCACCGCCAUCUAGGCACUUUGAUACCACCACUCAAACCGUGAAAAUGCCUAGCUUGUUCGGGCCUCUGUCCGCUACGACAACUCUACGGGCUGACGGCUUUGGUUCAAAGCCUCCUUCCUCUCCUAGUGGAAUCAUAAUUCCAGCGGUCAUGAAACAGCAGCGGUCUGAUACGCCAUCGACUGUACAUUCGCGCCCAAAGAAUCAUUUAGUUCCCCGCGAUGCGAGCGGGUCCACUAGUAGUGCUUCUACGUCAGCAUUGGCUGACUUCUUCCGCAACACAACGCCUCCGGUUGACGGGGAACACACCAUCCAGCGACGCAUAUCCCGUAGUGUCGCUCCUUUCCGCAACACAAUGGAUUCUGCACAAUUCGACGCCGCUCGAGAUCCUGAGCGAACUGAACCAGUGGAUUCGAUUCCUGGUGGCCUCGGGCUUGGCCUGAACUCCGCACCUGAGGAUUCUUAUCAAUCGUCUUUUUCCUCCUCUACUGCUCUUCUUCGGAGCAACUCUGGUAGAGCCCACGAUUACGGAAGUAUGCCCGCUCCACAGCGAAAGCAGACCAGGGUCAGGGACUCGCUCGCGGUCGUCGAUAUCGAAGAGCAAGACGACCCGGAUCUGGUUGGGCUCGAAUUGGUGAUUCCUAAGAGGAAAGAAGAAGAGAGUUUAAUUGACUUCCUAAGAAAUGUCGCACCGCCACCCCAGCCUCCAGAGGAUCCCAGGGACAAGGCGCAAAAGAAGAACAGCUCAGUCAGUUUAAUGGGUCGAUUUACCCGCUCAUCAACCCGCAAGAACUCCAUCGCUUCAAAUGCAGACAGGGUUAUCCCCAUGGUCCCCCAACUCCCUGCUCUGUUGGAUGGACCAGCAAAGUACGUCCCACUGCUCUCCGACACAGACCACAUGUCGCCGCACCACUCGAGUAACGCACCACCACCAUCAUUAUCAGCUAAGCGCCAUGACUCCUACCGGCUAACUUCCGAUCUGAGAGAGCACCGAAUGAUGGGCAACGGCGGCGUGCAAGUAAGGGUCCAGUAUCAAGCUAGGGAUGCUCGAGUAGAGCGAGACGACACAGAUAGCUUGGUGGACUUCCUAAAGUACACUUCACCUCCGCCGCCCAUGUCCACAGAUGCUUCUCCGUCGAUGCUUAAGGAGGAAGGACCGAAGUUUAAACUCUCGUUUGGGAGGAAGCUGAAGAGGAACGAAGUGUAUUAGGUUUCAUCUUUUAUUUCCCUAUUACCCGCUCCCCUCCCCGGUUCUUUAUUUUGUGUAAUGACAUCCUUUUUUGCCCACUUGCGUCUUUUUUUUUUGCGUCUUUCUUGCUUUAUGUUUUUUUAUUCUUUCGCUUUUCUCAUACCCUCUUUUCCUUUCUAUAUGUCGCGCUCUUAAUCGGUCUGGAGAAAUGGAAGGUGAAACGAAAGAAAAGUAGCCUUUUUUCCCCUUUCCUCCUCUCAGCUAGCAUUACUCUCGCUUAAAUUAUCCCGUUCCUCGGCUCGACAUUUUUGACUUGUCCAAUUUGGCCUUAUCCUUCCCAUUUCCCGCCGUUGCCUUGGGCCAACCUCCACCUCUCCACAAGGGGUUUAGUUUCUCAUUUCCUUCUCGUCAAAAAGCUCCUGUUCUCUUCUCUCUUUCCCCAUUUUCUCCAUAACGCAAUGCAGCAAGGUUAGAGGUGGUUAUCUUCUCUUCACUUUUCUUUCUUUGACUUCGGCUUUUUGAUUUUCGACUUACUCUAUAGUGACAUGUGUUGGGUUUUACUCUCUCUUUCUUCCUUUCUUGUAGAUACUGUUUGUCUGUUUUGUCUGUUUUUGUUUUUUCCUAAACCAAUUGAGUUAUUGAGUUUUUUGGAACGUUUUUUUGAGAUUGAGAGGAAUGGGGAGUAUUUUUUGAGUCUAGUUAAAUUGAAUCAUGGCUUAUCACUCGA